UCAGACCUCCCAGCCCCAACAUAAUUCAAAAGCUCCCAAAAUACUUGCAGGUUCUUCCCAGCCUUGCAAUUCGCAUCCAAUCAGCUAAUAGUUACGAGCUUCGAGUUUGUUCUUUCAUAUGGGAAUUGAGAGAGGAGGCCUCAAGGGCUUACGUGGAGGGUGGAGCGUGGCGGCUAAGCCAUGCGACUCCUGCAAGUCGGAGGCCUCCGCCGUGUUCUGCCGCGCCGAUUCCGCCUUCCUCUGCAUGGCCUGUGACACCCGAAUUCACUGCGGUGAUAAGCUCGCUUGCCGCCACGAGCGUGUUUGGAUGUGUGAAGUGUGCGAGCACGCACCUGCUUCGGUGACGUGCAAGGCCGACGCCGCCGCUCUCUGCGUCACCUGCGAUUCUGACAUCCACUCCGCCAACCCACUCGCUCGCCGCCACGAGCGGGUCCCGGUGGAGCCCUUUUAUGACUCCGCUGAGUUGGUGGCCAAGUCCUCUGCUGCCGUUGCUGGUUUUAACUUCUUCGUCCCGAGCGAUAACGGAAUUUGCUCCGAUGGUUUCCAAGCCGACGAUCCCGAACCAGUGCCGUGGAUGGUUCCCAACCAGAAUUUCACCUCCAAGGUCGUGGGAGCUCCUGAGGUCAAGUCCGGCGACAUGUUCUUCACAGAAAUGGAUCCGUUUAUGGAUUUCAAUUACUCCAAUUCUUAUCAGAAUAACAAUAACCACAGCACGGCAAACGACAGCGUUGUCCCAGUUCAAACCAAGCCUGUUUCGGCUCCGAUGAUCAACCACUCGGAGGGUUGCUUCGAUAUUGAUUUUUGCAGAUCAAAGCUUUCUUCUUUUAGCUACCCAAGCCAAAGUGUUUCAUCGUCUUCAGUCGAUGUUGGGGUUGUACCAGACUCCGUGUCAGAAAUGUCGUUCUCGUUGGGCAGAAACAUGAGCAGCAGCUCCGAAUCGGGCGGAAUCGGGUCGUCGGGUAACAACCAGGCUACCCAACUGGGCGGGAUGGACCGGGAAGCGAGGGUGUUAAGGUACAGAGAGAAAAGGAAGAACCGCAAGUUCGAGAAAACCAUCCGGUAUGCUUCGAGGAAAGCAUACGCGGAGACCCGGCCCAGGAUCAAGGGGCGGUUCGCAAAACGGGGCGAAACCGAGUCGGAGGUAGACCGGGUGUACAGCCCUGUCAGCACGGGGGGUCUCUUGAUGGAUUCUCAGUACGGCGUCGUACCGUCGUUCUAAAAUCAGUCAAUAUAAUAAUAAUAAUAAUAAUGAAGGAUAGGGAAUUGUUUUAGUCUGCGGGAAGGUACGAUAAUUAUGGUGGGAUAUGGUGGUGUCGGAACCGUGGAUGUGGAUGCAGAAGAAGAAGAAGAAGAAGAAGGAGAAUUGUGGACAAGGGUAAAAUGGGAAAAGUAGAGUAACCUAAGAAAUUGAAGUUUAGGAUCAUGUGGGUGUAAACUUUGUUCACCUUUUUAUGAGUAGAAAGUUUUUUCCUUUUCCAAGUA